GAAGGAUUCAUUCGAGAGGCUGUGCCUUAAGAGCCGCAGCCAGCUUAAUUCUGCAGGCGAUUUGCGAACCAACACCCCAGUGCAGUAAAUAGCACCACAUGCUAAUUCGUCUCCUAGCCAUGUUGUACCCUUCUACCAGUCUGCGAGAUAAUGGAAUUCUCUUCAUGCAAAAGAAAGGCUAGGUCCAUGACAUGACCUCUUUCUUUGCCUCUUUCUUUGUUUUGCAAUUGCUCAUAUUCAUUUCAUCCCCUUUAUCUACGCCAUCAUGUGGCUUAGAAAGAUGCUCUGGUUCUUUGUGUGGAUUCAGUUCCAUCAAGUAGCGGCCUUCAAAGGAGUCUACACAUGGCGAAACUUCACCUUCUCCCCUAGAUCUUCCUCAAACAACCAAUCUACCACAUUCACUACAAUCAUAUCAACCUCAACACAAUCGAGCACAAUAUCCUCGAACCCUAACGAAACAAUACUUGCAACGUCUACAAUCCACUCUUUCACUACUGUUGUUUCAUACACGACAAUACUUGCAGACCCGUCAUUGUCUGCAUCUAUAAGCAAUAAGACUUCAACCGCAAAUCUGAAUAGCUCAACUUCCUUGACGACAUCGAGCUUUUCUUCGAGCACAGCCUCCUCAUUGCCGACAACAAUGUCUACCUCUACGCUGACCAGUGAUACCGCUACCAAGCAGUCGCUCUCGUCCUCGUCGUCCUCUGUUUCCCCGACAACGUCACCAAUCUCAAGUACAGCCACUGCGCUUCUGCUUUUGACUUCCGCAACUGCUGCAGUCAGCCAAGCUAUCACACCAGUGGUCGCAGCAGCGUCUUCGAGUGGUGUCUCUACUCCUGCUUCGUCAACAUCUGCUGCUACCACCUCGACUCCACAAGCAUCGACAUCCGCGACAACAGAAGCAGUAGCUUCUUCUUCCGCAUCGGGAGCCAAUUCUGCCACAACGUCUCCCAGUACGAGCGAUGCCAUCCCGGGUACUACGAGUACAACCACGAUUCCAACUCCAUCUACCGAAACCAGCUCUACAACAACCUCAACGGUGCCUAGUAGCACAGAGAGUUCGAUUAUUUCGAGCAGUUCGAGCAGCGUGAGCAUCACCAGCAGCACAACCAGCAUAGCAUCAAUCUUGACUGCCUCUGGAUCACCGACUAUCAGUCCGACAACAACCAGCAGUGCGAUUCCGUCGUCCAUUCUCAUUCUCCCCACGACUACCCCUCCUUCAUCGUCCUCGAGCACCAGUUCGUCGUCUUCAACAACCUCCACCGCAACUGCAACCAUUUCAUCGGACAGUAGCAACACCACUGCCAGUGCAACCACCUCAAAGUCGACAUCCAACCAUCUCUCAUCCCAAGAGAUAGCCGGAAUAUCCUUCGGCGCCGUCGCAGCAGCAGCUAUCUUCUCUCUCCUCCUCUUUGCCCUUUACCGCCGCCGUCGUGCCCGUCAAGCCGCCGCAGCCGCAGCGGCCAACGACAAACAUAACUCGUUUCCCGAGAGCGCCUGGCUCUACGACCCCCGCAUGACACCUUCACCUCCGUCCGCCGCUGCAAUCGCUGCCUCCCAUAACCAUACCCCCAGUGUAAUCAGCAGCAUGCACUCCAGCAUCUCCAGCAGCGCAAGCAGAAGAGACACCACUCUCCUCUCCGCCAUCGCAACACCAGCCCUGCUUCCUCAACGCCAAACCAGCAAUCACAUCGGUAGAGCCUUGACCUCCAACCCUCCCGUUUCUGCGGCUUCAAAACGCCAUCGUAUCUCCUCUUCGGUGCCGGAGUUUAAACUUCUGCCUAAGACACCUUCGGCUGCGGCAGCGGAUGCUACACCUCUACAGACAAAACGCGAAUCUCUUCCUGCGAUCUUGAAGAUUGGACAUGGAGGAAAGAGCAGACCUGUCACUGUGGCUCCUGCGGCUGCUGGGCCGUCGGUGUUGGGAUCUAGUCCGAAUAAACCUCUACCUCCCAGACCGGUCAUUGCUGCCAAGGAUAGACCGUUUAGCUUUGAAGCUGGCGAUGAUGGAGCUCAGCAGUUUGGGAUUGCGAAGUAA